UAAGAUUUUGCUGGGAACCGGACUUCGUGUCGUGUGUUGAAAUAUUUUUCACAGCCACUUGGUCGAGCUGUUGAGUGGUAGCAGAGCAGUCGGAAAUAUUGCGAACACAGAAAGGCUGCAGUUGUGGGAUUAAUUCAUUACACUUGAUAUGUUGUCGUUUCGUGACUAAUUUGAUUUGCUUUUAAUCACGAGAUCAUCGCCAUACAGUUCAACAAAAGAAACAUAUUGGAAUACUCGAUUGUAUCUUAAUGUAACUCUGGUUCGCCUGCAAGAAUGGACAUUAUUGAAAGAAGCGAACUGUCGUUAAAGUCAUUGCCCUUCGUUAAUGACAUCGAGCCUGAACAAAGGAGUCAUUUAAAACAGAUCAAAUGAUUUUUUUAAUUGUUUAAAGUUAGAUCUGAUUUAAAAAUUCAACGUUUUACAGCAAUACUAAAUGUAUUGAAAUAAACUUUGUUAUUUUAGUGAGUAUCAGAUGUGAUGAAAACAUUUUUGUAAUCUAAAUAUUCAAUGCAAUGCAUGGCAAUCUUAAAGUUUUUUUUUUAACUUAGAGCUGGGUAGCAUCUGUCAAACUCAGAUAUAUUUUCAUGUGAUUUACUUUCAUCUGGAUUAACCCUUACAAGACAUACACGGGAUCUAACUCUAUCUAUUGGCUAUAGACAUUAUCGUGGGCUGGAGAGAGAGUUCUUCUGCAAGAUACUGGAUCUAUUUCUCGCUGUUGGAGCUAGACAUUACCUGGUCAUUGGGAUCGAGCGCGGUAUGGAUAUAUGUCUGACACUGACCAUGGCGCACGAAAUAGGGGCUCUACCGCCCCAGCUCAGGGAGCCAUGGAUAAGGUCUACCUCGCCUACAGGGAGUCCCUACUGAACGCCGCCCCCAGAAUGAUGGAGGAGCUAGGCAUGGACGCCGGGGAGGACUUCCUGGGGAUGGGCGUCUUUAGGAAGGAUGUGGAUUUGACCAAUGAAGAGAAACAGUAUCUCCUUUCGGUGGAAAGGGGAGACGUGCCGUCCACUCGGCAGUACCUCAACAAUUCCAAGCAGACAGGGAUGAACCUGAACUGCCUGGAUCCGCUGGGUAGGACAGCUCUACUGGUGGCCAUCGAGAAUGAGAACAUUGAGAUGAUUGAGCUGCUGUUGUCCUACGGCGUGGAAGUGGGCGAUGCAUUGCUGCAUGCUAUCAACGAGGAGAAUGUCGAGGCGGUGGAGCUGCUCCUGAACCACGAGUUGGCUACCAAGGGAGAACAGCAGCCUCUAACGACGACAGUACCUUCCAGUUCUUUCACACCAGACAUCACUCCUAUCAUUCUCGCCGGACACAGGGACAAUUAUGAAAUUAUCAAAAUCUUGCUGGACAGGGGCUAUCGUAUCCCUAAGCCCCACAACGCCCGAUGCAGCUGCAAAGACUGCAUCACGGGAAGCCAGGAAGACUCCCUCAGACACUCUCGCUCCCGGAUUAACGCUUACAAGGCUCUCGCUAGCCCGUCGCUCAUUUGCCUGUCCAGCAAAGACCCCAUUUUGACCUCUUUCGAGCUCAGCUGCGAGCUGAAACAGCUUAGCAAGCUGGAGAACGAGUUCAAAGCGGAUUACGAGAAGCUGGCAGUGAAGUGUCAGGAGUUCGCCGUGGACCUUCUGGAGCAGACAAGGGGCUCGAGAGAGCUGGCCAUUAUUCUGAACCACGACAACACCACAACGGAUGAGCAGAAUUGUGACAAAGUUCGUCUUUCCCGGCUCAAGUUGGCUAUCAAAUAUAAACAAAAGAAAUUUGUCGCUCAUCCGAACUGUCAGCAGCUGCUCGCCUCCAUGUGGUACGAAGGUCUUCCAGGAUUCAGGCGGCGGUCGAUCCUGUCCAAACUGACCAUCAUGGCCAUCAUAGGCUUCCUCUUCCCAGUCCUGUCCAUCGUUUACCUUAUAGCCCCUAAGUGCAGCAUUGGCCAGUUGAUUACAAAACCUUUUGUUAAGUUUAUGAUCCAUUGUUCUUCGUAUAUAGUUUUUCUAUUUUUGCUCAUCUUGGUGUCUCAGCGAGUGGAAGUGUUGAAAGUCAGCGGCGAUGACGAGUUUAGGAGUGGGACCGGGAAAAAAGAGCUCAGAGGAUCUCAGGCCUCCCUAGUGGAAUGGAUCAUCCUCGCAUAUGUCGCAGGUCUAAUGUGGAGUGAGAUUAAACAGCUGUGGGGCGAGGGCGCCAUCGAAUACAUUCAUGACAUGUGGAACAUCCUUGACUUUUUCACCAAUUCUUUGUACAUUGCAACGUUCACCUUACGACUUCUCGCCUACCUGCAGGUUCAGGAGGAGAAAAGAGAGGGAGACAGCAACGCCGAUCGAGACAGAAAAGACUGGGAGGCCUACGACCCGAACCUCAUCGCCGAGGCCCUCUUUGCAGCAGCCAAUAUCUUCAGCUCCCUUAAGCUGGUCAACAUCUUCACCGUCAGCCCUUACCUGGGCCCCUUGCAGAUCUCUCUGGGGAGAAUGAUUAUGGACCUGGUGCAAUUCGGAUGCAUCUUCUGCUUGGUGCUUUUCUCGUUCGCCAGUGGUCUGAACCACUUGUACUGGUAUUAUGCUGACAAGCACGCCACUGAGUGCAGGAAUGCCACACCGCCCCCUCACUUAACAGAGAACUCUUCUUGUGAUAGGAAGUAUCGAAGUUUUGCCAAUCUUUGGGAAAUUGUCCAGUCGUUGUAUUGGGCGAUCUAUGGCCUAGUGGACUUGGACCAUGCCGAGCUCCGGCCAAAAUUCAACCACGAGUACACAGAGUUCGUGGGCAAGCUGAUGUUUGGAACGUACAGUUGGAUAGCACUGAUAGUACUUCUCAACAUGUUGAUUGCUAUGAUGAGCAAUUCUUACCAGAGAAUUUACAGUCAAGCUGAUGAAGAAUGGAAGUUCGCCCGGUCCAAGCUGUGGAUCAGCUACUUUGAGGACAGCGGCACCCUGCCGCCCCCUUUCAAUGUAAUCCCCAGCCCCAAGACAGUCUACUACAUCAUCCGCUGGUGCAAGAACAAACUCUGCGCCUGUUUUUGCUCUAAGGCUGAGAAGAGGAACAGAUGGCAGAGUAUUAAGAAAAUUGUGAAGAAGAUCAACGAGAAAGAGAUACGAUAUCAGGCCGUGAUGAGAGACUUGAUCAAGAGGUAUAUCAUGCAGAAGCAGAGAGGUUCUCAAAAAGGCGAAGGCGUCAACGAGGACGACAUCAACGAGCUGAAGCAGGACGUGUCGUCAUUCCGCUUCGAGCUGCUGGAGAUCCUCAGGAACAACGGGAUGAAAACCCCUAAUCCGAACCAGACGAAACCCACAAAUCGUCGAUUGUCCAGAAAGAAGAGUCACAUGUCACUUGACCGUCUGCGUCGCUCAAUGUCCCUGGAGACAUGCAAGGUGGAAAGCCCAGGCAAAAAUCCUGUGGACGUCGUACUGGAGAGACAGACCAACAGCCUGAAAUGUCGCUACAAUCCCCCGGAGACCAUCCCAGAGGAAGAGUUUGAGCGCAUACGUCGAGAGUCUCUCAUUCCCAGAGUCGGCUUGCUGGCCGGCGUGGGUCGGCGGAGAUCUUCUGUUGUGCCACCUUCCGACGGAGCCGCUACUGUGGUCUCCACCGCCGCCUCCAGCGGCGCUUUCUCCGCCGCCGUCACGGCCAUAUCGGCCCUGAAAGUCAGCACCACCAAAGUCGUUAACGGAAACUCCAACUCAGUCGUCUGCCCCGACGACGUUGUCGCCAUGGCGACGGACAACAUGCAGCUGGAGGGUUCAGACGGAAGCAACUACUCUCAGAGGCGUGACGAAGGGCUAGGGGAAUCUUUCGAUAGGUACUCGGAAAUGAGCGACUCGACCUCCAGGAUAGGCAUAGUAGGAAGCGUCAUCGAGCUUCAGACGUUGCACCCGACCACUCACAGUAGCUCUCCUGUGCGAUACUCCAAGACUCCUGGCGGCGUCUCUUCAACUUCUCCAGACAACAGCAGACGGAACGGAGGCACCCAUUGCGGCAUAGACGAUGAGGAGUACGACGGAAUGUCUUUCACCGCUCCGCCCAUGCCCGAGGGGUCUCCGUGUGAUCCGAACGAGAUUGACCCUUUAUCAUUUCUGACAGAAGCUCAGGCGAAAAGGGUUACGUUCAUGUGAAUGUUAAGAGUGAAAUUUACUGGACAUAUGUUCAGAGUGUGAGAUCCAUUGGCUACGUCUGUGAUUUAAACUCCUUUGUUGUCGCAACUAUUGAGUAUUAUACAUUAAAUAAAAUGUUAUGUUUGACCAGCAGUGAUUCUCGGAUCAAUUUCAUAUCUUAAAUUAUAUGAUAUUACACAAUCAAUCUGUAUAGCUGAUAUUACCUAGCCAUAUUAAAUGAGCAUUACAUUAUAUAUAUAUAUAUAUAUAUAUAUAUAUAAUGGAGCUUCAAAACUUAAGAAUUUGUUUUCAUAUUACUGACAAAUGCUUUAAGAUUAUUUCUCCUACAGAAAAGACUCGAAACCACUGUUAUAAAUAAUCUUGAUCGAUUGAUUGAAAUGGGUUCAACGUGCGAGGUUGAAUAUAUAAUUAAAUGUAUUAACUUUUAAAAUGACAUGGACUCAACAAAUCAGAAUCACUGGAUUUAAUGCGAGUUAGUUUUUUUAGAAGCCAGAGAUUCAUUGUUUGAUCUGCCCUGGUGUCCUGUGGGUGUUUAAUUGCCAUGAAUUAAUACGCUUCGUUGUGAAGAGUUAAUAACAAACACUGUAACUUAUAUUGCAUAGUGCCAAAGCUAUAUAUCAGAAACCAAUGUUUACAUAGAGCCACUGUUACGUAUUAAAAGAGGUAGGGACUAGUAUGUUGAUAUAUUUGUAUUUAUAGUUUUGUUUUUGUAUUAUUGUAUUUUUUGUUGUUGUUUUGGUUUUGUGAAGAGAGGGGGUAUUUGACAUAUGGUAUCUAGAAGUGUGUGAAAUGGAUAACAAUAAAGAACUCUGAUGGUUUAAAUUUUUAUUCUACUUUACAUGCAGAAGUUCGAUCAAUAAUUAUCUUUGUACUACUGUAUGGUUUAUUUAGCAGUCUUAAAGUUCAAGAAAUGUUAAGUGCUUUCAUUCAGAAAUAUCAAAUGGAAACAAUAUUGUAAAAGAGCCAACCUACACAUGCCCCAAUUUUGGUAGCUUUUUAUGUCAAAGAUUGUACUCCUGGGUCAUUGUGAUGUUCAAAGUGAACGAGGCCUCAACUUCCUCUUUAGAUUCAACAUGUUAGUUGCACAUUGCCGAUUGCAACGGAGGUGCUUACAACGUAUAUUAAUUUCUCAAAUGUUAGAUGUGUGUUUUCCUUCAUCCUCAUCCUUGACAACAACAUUGUCCUCAUCCUUGUCCACAUUCUUGUCCUCAUCCUUGUCCACAUUCUUGUCCUCAUCCUUGUCCACAUUCUUGUCCUCAUCCUUGUCCUCAUUCUUGUCCUUGUUCUUGUCCUCACUCAUGUCCUCAUCCAGGUUCUCCACUUUAAACAAAUAAAGUUCCUCGACGCACGCAAAGUUUUAAAGUGUUUAAGAUUGACAUUUACAGCAUGUCUUACCACAACAAUAGCUCGAGUUUUCUUGAUGCCUAUGGCGACCAAGCUGUAGAUUGGCUCUUUCAAAAUAUGUCACCGUAGACUAGCGAUGAGCUGACUCUGUUUCUUCAUCUUGAGAUCAACAGUUUUUAGUUCUACAAUUUGUUUACGUUCAGGCAAAACGCACAUGUAUUUAUGACAUAUAUCUCUCAAACAUAUUUGUUCAUGUUUAUUAUUACUGUUGAAAACCAAUUUGCAGUCUCGUUAUAAAUGUAAAAUGACAACUAUUGCAUUCUUUCAAUUGAUUUAUUUGUUGAUGAAUUAAAGCUUUAACCUGGAUGUUAACAGAGUCAUUCUCUGGAAAGAUUUCGACUAUAACAUUAUCAUAUAAUUGAUAUAUUUCUGAUAUAUUUCUGAUAUAUUUCUGAUGUAUUUCUGAUAUAUUUCUGAUGUAUUUCUGAUAUAUUUCUGAUGUAUUUCUGAUGUAUUUCUGAUGUAUUUCUGAUGUAUUUCUGAUGUUGAAAGAGUUCAAAAUACCUAAAAGAUGUCUAAACGUGUCUAUGUAAUAGUCUGUGAGAUUCAAUAAGUCAUUAUUAUUAUGAUCAUACUUUCUCGUAACAUUUUCUAAAACCCAUAUUAUAUAGACUCUUAUCUAAAUAGCUGCCUGGUCGUGUGGUAUGCCUGGUCGUGUGGUAUGCCUGGUCGGGUGGUAUGCCACUUGGACAGCCGUCAUGAUGGUCCAGAAUUCGAGCCCUUCAUGCUGCCAUCCCCUUCCGCUAUGCAGGAGCUUUUGGGGAUAGGAUUUAACAAGUUUGGGGGUAGGAUUUAACAAUUGGGGAUAGGAUUUAACAAGUUUGGUGCUAUGAUUUAACAAGUUUGGGGAUAGGAUUUAACAAGUUUGAGGCUAGGAUUUAAUGAAACCAAUUUAGAAAAGAAAGAAAAUAUCUUGUUCUGUCCCUUAUAUAUUCUUUUGUCAAGUAUUGAUUCCUUCCUGGAACAGUCAGACAUCGAUUUUUUGGAGCUGAGUUUUAUCACUACAUUGUUAUCAAGUUCCAUUCUUUUCUAGUAUGUUGACCUUUUUGCGUGUAGGCUAUUUCAAACCAUGGAUACAUUAAACACUUUAAAUACUUUUAAAUUUGUUUUAAUAAGGUUCCAGUCUUAUGUUCAUUAGAUCUCAUGAUACGUCGCGUAGAUCGUAAGAUAAAUAAAUAGUCAACUGAUUUGUGUCAAGAUGUUUUGGUCUUUAAAAAAUGUCACAUCCAAGUAUUGACCAUGUUACUCGCUGUGAAACUAAGGAUCCAUGGAGUCAGAAAGGAAUGUUUCUAUUUUGUUAUUUUCAAACUUGUGUAGCCAGUCCUUUGUACGUUACAUUUCCUAUAACGUUCUCUUGUUUUGUUCUAAUGAAGGAUAGUCAAUGAAAUGAAUUGAUCAUAUCACCAAAGUCUUUGGAUGAAUAUAAAUGUAACUAUUCUUUAUAAGAGUGAUAGUAGAAUAGCGAUGAAAUAAACAUAUUUGAAGAGAAGUGUUGCUUCGUGUUGUCCAGUGUGUCAGCGUGGUUGGUGGCUUUCUAAUUGAUCUGUUUCAAAUGUUCCAGUAGGCCCGUGACUCUAUGUAACUUUAAUUAAAUCAAUUAAGUAUUUAUUUAUAGAUGACGCUGCUAGGUCUAAGGGGUUCUAAUAAUGAACCGUAGACCAGAGUAUAUUCAAGGUUUGGGAAACAGACACAUUGAUGAUAUGCACUUUUAAAAGAGAGAAGUUCUUAAGUUAUAUAUAUAUACAAGAUUUAAUGAGUGGAAAUAUA